CGCUGACCUGCAGAGCCUGCAGACCCUGGAAGACCUGAAGACCAUCUACUCCUACAUGAGCGGCACCGCCGCGUGGAUCGGCCUCUACUUCAACAAGGACAUUCGCGCCCCGGACUGGUCCAGCGGCUCCUCCUUCACCGGCCUGCUCUGGAGCCCAGGGUUCACCUUGAUAGAGGGCCUCUGUGCCACCCUGUAUUCAGUGUUCUAUGUCCCCAACCUGGGGGUCGCCUCGUGCACAGCUCAGAAGCCCUUCAUCUGCUACUAUGACCCUGCCGUGGGGCACCGCAUCUCCACAGAGCCUCCCCUCAGCCCGACCCCCUCUUGGAAGCCAGCCAUGGUCCAGAUCGGUGGACAGACCUUCCUGCGGUUUGACCAAGCAAUGACGUGGCACGCGGCCCUGCAGUAUUGCCGCAGCCGCCACACGGACCUGGCCGACCUGCAGAAGGUGACUGACGAGGCAGGGAAGGAGGCCUUGAAGUCCAUCACGAGCGAGACCGAGGCCUGGGUUGGCCUCUACUUCAGCGCAGGCUCUCAGUCUCUGAGCUGGUCCAGUGACUUGGGCGACAGCAUCCCCAGCUGGCUGCAGGUGCCCAUGUUUGGGAUAGGACUCUGUGCGGGACUCCGCAGCUACCUGCCCUUCAACCCCAGGAUUUACUCAGUGAUCUGCUCUUCCCUGCAGCCCUUCAUCUGCUUCUAUGAUCCCUCCAUUGGACACCGGACAUUGGCAGAGUCCCCAGUGCUCUUUCUCCCUUCCUCCUCAGCAGUUACUGUGGGGGUUCCUACAUCAGACAAAGGUAUUAUUGUCUUUGUUGAGAAGACAGAGAAGCUGCAGGUAGAAGCUGAGGCUGGGAGGGGGUGCGUAGUGCUGGAGGGGUCCUGCGGGGAGCUCUGUGAGUCCUUACUCCUUCAGGGUGAAGGUCGACCCAAGGCUCUGUGGCUGGCAGCCCCCCGGCUGCCCCAGGCUCCCCGGCCCCACGGGCCCGCCGGCCGCAGAGGGCUGAAGAGGCCCUCCCUGCUCACCCCGUCUGGAACAGGCGGCCACAGCCAGGCCUGGGAGAACAGCAGGGUCGCACUCGCCAGCCGGCGCCCCCCACCCCUGGCCCGGGCGCUGUGGGGUCAGGGAGCCACGGCCCGAGGCCAGUUUCUUCCCCCGCCCCGCGCCCGGGCGUCCUCACCCGGCGGCCCGAGCCUCGGGGAGGGAUCCCGGGCGCGGAGGGCCCCACGGAAGCCUUCUCUCCUGCUCCAGGGACCAGCGCCGGCCCCGCGCGCGCCUCGCAGGGCCCCACUUCGGCUGUGCGGCCGACGCAGCGAGCCCGCCCGGAUCUCGACUCCCGAGUCCCCAGCGCAUCCGCCUUUGCGGGCUCCGGGGUCCCCCAGCCCCGAGACGCGGCGGCGCCGAGCCCUUCGGCCACCCCCGCGGCCCCGGGGAGCGCCUCCGUCUCACAGGACGUGGCCGGGAACCCCCUGGCCUCCACUAGGAGCCCUGCGGCGGCCCCCGGCCCCCCGGCGAGCCCCACGGGGGAGGGCGAGGGGCGGGGGCGGGGGCGGGGACGAGGGCGGGGACGACGGCGGGGGCGGGGGCGGGGGCGGGGGCGGGGGUGAGGGCGGGGGUGAGGGCGAGGGCGGGCCCGGGGCUCCGCGGGAGGAAGCAGCGGGCCCCUCGCUGGGCCCCAUCCGCGGGGCCUCAGCUACCCCCGGGAUGGCGGCAACCCCCGGGCCGCUCACAUCCAGCGGGGCCGGCGGCUCCGAGGCUCCGGGGAGCUCCCCGGGGACCGAAGACAGCGCCUCCGAGCAUUCGGGCUCCGGGAGCCGGGCUGGGCCCCACAGGACGACGGCGCCCCCUGCGUCGGCUGCCCCGAGCCAGGCCGCCCCGCGGGAGGCAGCUGGGAGCCCGCCAGGGCCGGAAGCAGCUGUGACCAGUGUAAGGAGUAGCACUGAUAUAAGAGACUUAGCUGCCGUCACUCAGGCCCACCAUCUGAGCUCAAAUAACCACCCAGAGUCUCAAGAAGGAAAAUCAGCACCAGAAUCAGGGCAACCCUUUGGAAUUCUAAAGGCAGAUUUUAACAUCCCACCUCUAAUGGACCCAGAUGAUAUGAAAGACGAAUUUUUGCGAGAGGAAACAGAAUUGGAAAUUACCCCAGAUAUGCCAAGAGGCUAAAUGGCUGAAUUUCAAAGCUAAACCUAGAACAAGAGAAAACUACAUAUUAAACUUGCAUAUAUGGAUUUUAUAGAAUGAAAUAGAAAAGCAGGAGAAGAUGGGGUAUUUGGAAUAAUAACCUUGAGAACGACAAACAACAGCAAAAACCUGAACCAAGCGACAAAAUCCUGAAAACAAACCCCAUAACAAGCCCAAUCCACUCUCAACUUCUUUAUUAUCAUUCUGAGGAAAGAAGAGAAGACAGAAGUGAUAUAAGAAGCUAAGUGUGGUCACGCUUCCAAAUAAACUGGAGGACUUUCUUUACCAGCCAUGAGCUAGUUUAUUGUUUUUCUCCAAGUGUACUAAACAUCAAGAUAUGUGCUAAAAGUCAGGUAGUAAUGUCAAAUACAGUAGCAACUUAAUCUGAAAUGUUUAAAGUUAAAGUUUAUUUGUAUUCUUUGUAGGAAUAUCAAUAAAAGACCUCAAAUGUAUCUAUAUCUGUACAUGUACAAGAACCAUCAAAAAUUAUUCACAGAACAAAAAUAAAUCUUCUUUAGAACAAACCCAGGUGAUGAAAUGCAGAUAUGGAUCUCACAUAUGGAACAAUCUAAGUGCUACUAGCACAAAAAUAUGGCUUUAAAAAUAAAAUAAAAUCUUGGGUUUUGUUUUUCCUAGGUGUAUUUCUCUCUCUUGAAAUAAAAAAUAAAUUAUUUAGAGCUA